AUGAUUUUCGCGUCUCAGCGGCGUCGGCGGGGGCACGGCAAAGUCGGCACAGGCACGUUGGAGGAGAGCUCUCGUGGUGCGCGGUCUGUUUCCACGGAGCCCGUGGAAAGCCUGUGCGAGUCGACAAAUCAGCUACCCCCAGCGUCGCGCCCGAUUUUUUCCUCCGUCUGUUUGUCCUCAGCACUCUCUGUGCGUGCGUCUUCACGAGACGCAGCACACAUCGUUAGUUCACCAAGAGCUGGACACGAUGGCUGCUCUCCACGUUGGAGCGGCACAUCUCGGCUCUGCGGUAUGGCACAGGGAGGUGGCCUUGAGACACCAGGCAGAGAGGAUGGCGAAACUCCAUCCUGCAUUGUCUCCCCCUCACUUGGUCCAGGUCAGGGACUUCCUCGGGACGAGAACUUCGGUAAUGCGCGUGCAACUUGCUCACUUAGGCUUACGGAUUGCCCGAGUUGCACGGGGAUUGGGAUGAAACAGCAAGGAGACUCAGGGGGAGAGUCCACCGAGCCGUCUCCCUCAACAGACCAUCCGCUGUCGCCUAUGGCGGGGGCUUCACCGUGCUCGUUUCCGCGUGUCCCCUCAAAGAAGUUGUCCGUCUCCAGAAACGCCAUAUCCCCGUCUGUGGGCGGAGACGAAGCCGCGGCUGGCAGAGAUAAUGCAGGGAAGGAAGGUGUCCCGUGCUUCAGUGCCAAGGCACCUCUGAUGCUCCUCACCCAACCUGCUUGCUCUUCCAGGGCCUCCGCCACUGGCGUUCGGACCGUGGUUCGUGCGGCUUCACCUGCUGUGCCCCAGGAUGCGUCAUACUAUAGGCCUUAUUUCGCUCCAGAAGGCGUUACCUGCUUCGAUAAUAACGCCGCGGAGGGAGGGACGUCUCCGUUUCCCCCUCAGUUAGAUACCCUCGGAGUGACUCAACAGACAACCGGGACGACUUACGCGGUAGAGGAGACAGAGGGGAUUUGCGAGACUCUGGAUGCAGUUAUGCGUGACAGUGGUUCGAGAGCGGAGACUCCAAGUUUUGUCUCCGGUGCUGGCUGCCCGACAGAGAGACGAGGAUCCUCUGACACAGAGCCGUCUGAUUCAGGGGGAGAUGGCAGUGAACAGCAGUUCCGGAGGACAGGUGCUUGUGCAACGGAGGAGAGACAGUCGAACAGAAGCGCGGAACGAACGAGGCGGCACAUCAUUUCGCGGAUUCUGUCUUCCGUCAUCUGGACGGAAAGUGAACGUUCGUGCGAAGACGCGUGGAAAGAAGGCGGCUGUGAAAGCAGUCACCCUCCGAGCGUAGCGGACGAGGAGGCGUCACCGAGUUACAUGCCACAACUCGAACCUUCUUUUGCCUCUUUCCAGGCCUGUGCAAACACCCCAACUGAGGAGGGACUCAUGCGAGUACUCACGGAAAACUGCCGUCGACAUUCCAGUGUCUUACUCAGCUACCAGGGAGAGCAGGGGAAGCGCCAAGAACCCCGUUGUUUCCGAGAGUGUGAACAGACCUUGCUUGAGCAGGAGAACGUUGCUCAAGGGGCACCGGCCACCGAGGGGAACACGGAUGGUUCCUGCAGGGAGACAACUCGACUGCGUUCCAGCCGCUCACUCUGGGACGAAGUCGCCGCUGCUCUCGUUGCAGCCGAGGCGGUGUGCAUCUCGAAUGAGAAUAAAGGCGAGCAUAGAGACGGCGCCGAGAGGGAGAAGCCUAGAUGCGACUCAGACGCGACGGAACGGCAGGACGGUGAAACGCCUCUUUUGCAGGGGAAGGCAGCAGAUUCCGACGAGAAAGCUCAGCGAACCGCGACGUCGCCAGGACUGCCGAAUUGGUGGUCCGCACUGGUGGGGACCACGGGGCUAUUUGCACGUGGUGCUGACGUACCGUGCGGCGAGGGAAGAAACGAUGUCUCGCAGAAUGAAGGUUCGGGCGUUGCGCGUAGUGCAACCUGUGUUGCAGCCUCGAGCACGACUCCUCUAGAAGGGACAGUAAGACAACAGGAGUCAGGAAGUUCAGACUCCUGCCAUGGGGAACCCCCGUUACAGUCACGCGACUCGCCUCGUACAGCUACAGAUGAGGACGGGGGGGCUGUGAAGGAGGAGGAUGAGGAUCACCGCGACAAAGUAGAAAGCAGAGACUGCGCACGAAUGCCAAAGUCGUGGCUACCCUGGGGCACGCUGUUCCGAACGGUGUCUGAUGACAAGGCACGGUCUCGGUCGACUUGUAGAUACGCUGAAAAUGGUUCCAAAUUGGGAGACCAAGACGCUUCACAGCCGUCCGCUCGCGAUUCCCAGAGGGUGGGCGAAGAAGGCUGCACGCCCUCUCUCCUCGAGACAAGUUCAGAAGAUCGAGAAACCGCGAGGACUCAGCAACUACACCAGGGGCGUUGUGAUUCUUCUAGUUGUCCCCCCAAAAAAGAAGGCGGCCAGGCAGGCACGGACUGCGGCGCGAAGGGAUAUAUCUCUCGUCUGUCGAUGAGUACCAAGGACGUGAUGGGCCCAGUGCCGACACCGACCUUGGUGACGUUCGCCUCGUUAUCUCCUCAGACGGCGUCGACCACCCUGGAUGGGACGAGGUCACCUGUUGCCGAAGCUGACGAAGAUGGGGAAGAUGACGACUGGGACUUUUUUGCGGAUGAAGCGCAGAUGGAUGCGGUUCUCGAAGCCGCGCUCGCUUCGCCAGUUCUCACCAGCCGCCUGCUUGAGUUUCGCGGCGCUUCUCAAGAACGCGUGGCCACCGGAGGCAGUGUGGCGAGGUGGACGGCGGCUGCUUCCUCGCCUGAAAGCGGAUUGUCUCGGGGCGCAAUUGCCGAGCUCCGCGAGCGUCUCAGAGAUUCCCUAAAAGACAAGAGCACUCGAGCGCGACGGCACUUCCGCGGCUUCAGGAGGGCGGUAAGGGCCCGAGACUUUCAGGCAGUGCGGCGCGAGCUUGCAGAUCUCGCCGAGGUCGGCGGGCCUGAAGUAUCAGGCAUAUGGGCGAGCGUCAAAGUCGGCAUAGGCCUCGCGACGCUCGCCUCGGGGCACACCAUUAUGGGCGGGAUCAUGCUGGCCAUGGCCACAAGCGCCGUGGGCUCGGCUGUCCUCUGGGGGCGACACCGCGAUCAAUUUCGGCGCUGGAUGGCCGGUGAGGAGCCUGACGAAGGCGAGCAACGGAGCAGCGGGCGAGGCCUGGAGGAGGCCGAAGAGGCCGUGCGCCACACAGAGGAAGAGGGGGCUACGCGUGAGCCUCGGGGACAGCAGGUGGAGGAGAGGGGCACCGGACGUGGAAAGGAAAGCAAGCAUGGAGCGACACGAGAAGAGGCAGACACACGACGAAGCACGAGUGCUGGGACGGCGUCGCCCUGCACACCUCGAGCACUUCUGGCCUCCGGCGAAUCCUCCGUGCGAACCCCUUCUGGGAGGGGCGCGAAUUCCUCCCACGUGCACUGGGACGGUUCAGGUGAGAAGGCAAGCACGGCGAAGCAUGAGAGGAACGACAUGGGAGGGGUACAGCGAGAUAAAGCUGGACUUGAGAGUGAGGCAGCCUGUCCAACCGCCUUCUUUGCCCGUCGAGAACCACGCACUUGGCGCCGAGCCGAACACGAUCCAUGGCCGGUGUCCCCUGGAUAUGGGGCUACGGGUUUCGACAGCGACAGCGACUCUUCUGACGAUGGCCACGUCCCGAGCAUGGCAGAAGUCGUGGCGACAUCCUUCUCGCCAGACUGUGGAGCCCAGUGA